GCACUUCUCACUUUGUUCAAUUUGCUUCUUCAUCAGUCUUGUUACGUUCAUGCCUGACACAUUAGUAAGCAUUUACUGGAUGAGACUACCGCUCUUCUUUCCUUACACGUGUUUGUUUGUUUGUUUGUCUCAGAGUGUAUUUGUGUACCGCAAGCCAGCUUUGGCUUCUCUCGUAUCUGACUAUAAUCCGUCACUGAUAUAGUAUCUGCCAGCAACUGUCUCUUCCACACUGAUCCAAAGUGGCUUGAUUGCCAAGUUCCAUGGCUCCUGCUGAUUGUCAUGGCCCCUUUCAGAUUCUCCAUCUCCAGAUGGACAUGAGCGCAUGUCCAAGGCAGGAGAUUAGUCCACCCUAAAGGGAGUCUUGGCUGAAUGAUAAACUGUUAUGUAACAUUUCCUCCAAGGAUGGCCACGUGGGCUCAGAGCACGGACCAUCUUCCUUCAUCUACCCAAAUCCCCUCCCCAACCACGACAGUGAUUGGGCACUUAAUGGCCACUUAAUUGUAACAUGAACGAUUUGCCAAUAGUUGUUUGUUUUAAUCCACUGUGGCGUCACCAAAAAAAUGGAAGGAUGAACAGGCAGCCAUCCCUCUUCAGCGAUGAUUCAGCGUGAAGAUGAACGCUGUGAAGUAGGAGUGGGGAAAUAACACAAAGUUUGGAAAAAAAAACAACCUUGGGUGUGAAGUGGCGUGCUCAUUAUUUCCUGGUUGGAUGUGUGCACCAGCAGUCCCUGCUUCCCCCUACGUGGGUGAGCUCCGACAAAGCUGGGAUUGCAUCUCUGUUGACACCUCCGCACAGUCAACAUGGAGCAGGGAGAGAGAAACAUGCAGACCGAGUAGUGACCGGGAUGAGAAGACGACAGUGGUUGCUAGAGAGAGACGAAGAGACACGUUCAAAACAAGGAGAGAGAGUGAAAGGGAGACAAAUGAGACAUUUGAAAAUGAGGCAGAAGUACUCGAGUACUAAAUAACUGAUCAGUGUUUGGGGGGGUUUUGGUUUUUUUUGUUUUGUUUUUUUAAAGGGGAUGUGUCAGAGCAGCACAGGACCCAAAACAACUUAAAGGACGUUUUGAAAGGCAACAUGGACUCUGUUGGGUUGUCGCAAACCUGAAGAUUUGAAGUGGGAUUAUUCAAUCAAAUUAGACGAAUUCUCCAAAUGACGACAUGAAGAAUUUGAUGCCUAUCCAUUAUCCUUAAUUAAGAAUUGAAACUGCCAAGCUAUCAAAGAUGGCUGUCAACAGUUUCCCCAUCUUCCUCCUGCUACUGAUCGGCUCUUGCACAUCGCACCCGUCGCCUCCUCCUCCACUGGGAUGUAGCGAGCAUGUGGAGCCCUCUUACCGAGUGCUGUGUGACCUGGAGUCGGUGUGGGGCGUUGUUUUGGAGGCGGUGGCCUGCAGCGGGGGCCUCACCUCUCUAAUCCUCGCUACGCUCCUUCUCAUCAAGCUUCGCUCGAUUUCAGACCCGGCCAGGCGUUCUGGCGUGGGACCCCUUCUGCUGCUCCUGGGAACACUCCUUGGGAUAUUCCCCAUCUCUCUGGCGUUCCUGGUGGGAAAGAACCAGGUCCUCUGUGUGGUUCGCAGGGCCUUCUGGGGUCCCCUCUUUGCACUUUGCUUCUCGAGCUUGCUGGUCCAGGGCCUGAGGCUCAGGAGAUUGGUGGCUGGGAAGACGAGCCCAUCGGGAAGCACGCUGGCUGCACUGGGCUUGGCAUUGGCCUUGGUUCAGGGGAUCAUUUCUGCUGAAUGGGUCCUCCUCACUGUCGUCAGGGAGGGUCAUCCGGCUUGCGAGUAUCCGCCUUUGGACUUUGCUCUGACAUGCAGCUACACCUUAGGGCUGCUCCUCAUAGCCAUGGGGCUCUCUCUAGGGGUAGUACUGUGUGGGGGGGAACUGGUGGUAGACGCGGCUCGUGAAAGUGACGAGGAUAGGGAAGAAGAGGGUGACAAAAGGAGAUGGAAGUGUAAUGCGGUCUGGCUUUUCCUGGCAAGUCUGGCGUCAGCGUUGCUUUGGGUGGCCUGGCUUGGCUUUUAUCUCUAUGGGAGUCAAGCAAUAAGGAUCAGGGGGAAAGUGGGGAGGUCGGGAGGAGGAGCGGGAAAGGUGGAGGACCGUCUGCUGGACGAGCCAGCUCUGGCGGUAGCCCUGGUGGUGCAGGGCUGGAUCCUUCUGCUGUUCCACGGCAUUCCAGAGAGCCACCUCUGUCUCUGGAACCGUUCACAAUGCGGCAGGCAAGAUUUCUUUGACACCAAUGAGACAACGCCUCCUCCACAUUUCAGAGAUGAGCUCCCGGCGCACUCUCACCAACCCUUCCAGGAAAACCAGGCCUUUUCGAUGGAGGAGCACGGUGCAAGUCUCCGAAGUGGAAACUACAAGGGAGGUCACGGGAGUGUUCGCCCUGGCAUCGCAUUCAGAGGUCACGUGUACCAACCAACUGAGAUGGCUCUUGUUAUGAAUGGCGGUACGAUGCCCACUGCCCCGAUUAACUACACUGGAAGACGACUGUGGUAAUGCAGUAAUGGGUCACAAUGAAUGGUCCUUUAUUUCCUGAUGCCUGACAAGGAGUAAUAAUUUAAAAAGACAUAACAUAUCAUACAGGGUGGACUGACAACAGCUCAAUACAUUUCAUGUUUGUGCAUACGUGUUGGAAUUCUUCAUUUUGAGAGUUUGUUGCAGUUUUCUCAAAACGAAAGGAUUGGAAAUGACAGCGAUGCUACAGUUGAGUACAUUUUGCGGGUAUGAAUACUAGUUACAGUGCUUUGAUAUUAUCAACGCGUAGAUGUCUGUAUGAAUAUGUAAAUAAGCUAACAGGAUGUGUUUGAAGUGGGCUGACAAUGUCUGGGGUGGAAGAUUACUCAAACCUUCAGGAUAUGAAUUCACAGCACAUCCGUACAAAAGCUUGCUUUGUCUCAGAAUUUUCUCGCCAUUUGGCUCUUCCAUGAAGAGUGUUACAGGAUGUUAUCUGAGCCACAUUGCAGAGAGUUGGUCCAUUCUGCCUGAAAUCUUGCAUCAUGUGCACAUGAAUGUAAUAGAAAGUCCAUGGGCAACCUAAAAAGCCAUUUACCGAAGCACUCAAAAGUGAAAUCAUUAGGUACGUCCUUUACCUGCUGUAAUCUAGUAAGGACCAGAACAAGAGCAGAGACUUUAUUCUUCAGUGAAGUGGUUAAAUACCGUACCGAAAUUAUUAUAAACACAGUUCAAUAUGAUGCAAUUUAGCUUUACAGUAAAAUAACAUAAAUAUGCAUAUUGUUAAACAAAUACUUCUCUUACAGUGUUAUUCAAAACAGAAUAUUAUUCAGACAUUCUCAGACCCUCGUGGGAUACAACGGAUCGGAAAGUGGAUGGGUGGAUGUUUCUCAGAUGUCAAAACUUGUCAUUGACAGAGUUACAUUAUAAAUAUAUGAUGUACAGAAUGAGUUUGACAGAAACAAAUCCAAUCUUUUUCAACUUCAUUUAAAAUAAAAAGUUUCUCCACAUAAGCGUGUGUCCACAGACACGGGCGCAAAUAUUGCCUUUAGCCCAAACUUUAUUCUGUUACACACGAUGGAUUUAAUAACACGUGUAAUGUGUAAUGUAGAACCUGACAAUCUGCCAUUAUUGUACUCCUGAAAAUACAGUACCGGGACUGACCGAAUUCGACCACGCCCACGUGACAACUGACUCACCAAUCUUUGGUCAUCUCGGCAGUUUAUAGGAUUGAAAGCAAUCACGGCGCCAUCUAGCGGACAAAUGGUGAUCCAACAUAGCAUCGGCGGACCAGUUCAUCAGCCGGGCCUUACAAAUUGUUUGGUCAUUUAUCUAAGACGCGACGUAACACGACAGGAUGAACAGUUGAAUUCUCUUCACUUAGACAGCAUAAAGUACAAUCAACCUGCAUUACCUGUACAUCAGUACAUUUUUGUGCCAUGACAUAUUUGUAACUUAAAAUGGGUGCUUUGGCUCAACGAUGCCUGUGAAACGCUGCGUUACAUUUUGCAAGUGUACCUAAUGAUGUGACAAUGAGUGGAAAUAUAUGUGAUACAGUACAAGGUUUAAAAUACCUUGGAAGCUGUUAUUUGCACUUUAUGAGAGCUAAUAUGGCCUCUGCGUGGUAAUAUAUGACAUGUAUUAUAUUGUAAAAGUUAACAUAUUUUGAUAUUUUGUCAGUAAGAUUUUAUUUUGUGUUUUCUAGGAUUUCUAUGUCCAUAUUGAAUUUGUUUGCUUUUUGAGUGUUGCUGUAGUGUAUUAUGGCAAUGUGGUUCUUACAUUUUUUUGGAAGAAUGAGAAGGUGGAGGAGGGGGGUGUGUGGGAGACUUGUUUGCAAAUCUAAUUGGUCUUCAGUACAUGCAGUCUGUUUAAUUCAGGCAUCAUAUUAUUGAAUAAGGUAUGACUAAAAAUGUUCAAAAUUGAUGUGGGUGUACAAAUUCUAAUCAAGUGUCCCAUUUUGCACCAAAUCGGACUCUCUGAUAAAUUAACGUAAGUUUGUAAUAAUUGUAAGUUUUCUGCAACAUUGCUUUUGUUAGUGAAAUGUAUGCUCCAAUUUUGUAUCCUGCACAUCUUAAACUGACAUUUUACAUUGUUAUGUAAUGUGUUAAUAUAAAUUACUUUUAAUAAAGUGUGUCCUAAAAUGUGAAAAA